AUGAAACAAUUGUGGGUAUUUUUUACAGCUUUUAUUAUUGGUAUAAUAGCACAUUAUAAUGAUAUCAAUUUUCGUAAUAUAUUUUCUGAAGUUAUUAAAACUCCACAAGAUGAACAUAUUUUAACACAAAUUGAACAACGUUUACCAAAUUUUCUUGAUAUAAAUAUACCUGCAAAUGAAAAUGUUGAGAAAGUUUUUUCUAAAUUUAAAGAAGCAAUUCGAUUAAUACCCGAAACUAUUAAACGAGAUACAUCACUUGAUGCUAAUAGUGCUCAAGCUUUAUUUCCUGCAAUACAACCAAUACAUCGUUAUGUGAAGGAUUCAGUAUGGAAAUCAAUAUUGAAAUUAAUUGAUUUAUCCCAAGAAUUAUUUCGGGUUCCUGCUCGAAAUUUAGCUGAUGCAAAUUUAAAUAAUCUUUUAUUAUAUUCAGAUGAAGAGACAGUUUCAAAAGUACUUGAUGUUAAUUCAAAUAGACGAGAUUUUAGUGAUGAACAAAAAUCAAUUCUUGUUCAAAAUUAUAUCGAUAAAAUUAAAGAUAAACUUAAUCCAGCUAAUUUUCAACAAUUAAUAACACAAAAAUUAGGUGCAUCAUUUCUUCGUUAUCUUCCAUUAGAUUUUCUUCUUAAAAAUCCAAUAUUUAAUGACAAUAGUGUUAUUCGUAAUGUUGCAACAUUUCUCAAUUUACUUAGUCCAUUACAACGCGAUGCUAUCUCAAAUAAAGUCUAUCGAUCAUUAACAGAUACCGCAGGUAAAAUAGUACUAGGUACUAGUCCAUUACGUUUAACAGCUGAAGAACCAAGUACAUUGGAUAUGAUUGCACGUAUGAUGCCAAGUUUAUCUACAAGACAAAUUAUAAAUGUUGUUGGAGAUAAAAUUAGUCCUUUACUUGAACGUUCAAGUCUUCGAGAAGAUCAAUCAUGUACAACAUCUCUUGCAUUACUUAAUCGAACAUUAGAAGCAAAACGAACAACUAAUCGUGAUUUGCGACCAAAUCUACAAUUGGUUCAACGCUGGCAAGAAUGUUAUAGUGGUUGUGAUUUAAAUAAUUUAUUUAAUAGUCGUCAAGAUUUAAAAGAAUUAUUAAAAAGUCAUCCAAAUCCAGAAAGUUGUGAACGUUUAGUCAAUGAAGUUAAAAAAGAAUAUGGUCUUGAACGUGGUGUUACAGUAAAUAAACUACGUGAAGUAUCAGAUGCAUUUGGUUCAAUUUAUAGACCUGAUGAAAUAAGUGAUUUAAGUGAUGAAAUUAUGGCUGAAUUGGGUCGAGAUGAAAAAAGUUUAGAAAAAAUUGGUGCACAAGAUCUUACACCAAAUGAAGCAAGAACAAUUAUAAAUAAAAUUCCACGAUCAACUCAAAAUCUUUGGGGCAAAGGUAUGCUUGGUAAAUUAGGUAACUUAAUACCUGGUAUUGAUAAUACUAUACUUAAACAAAUUUUAACACGUGGUCGUGGUGAUUUACCACCAUUAUUUAAUAAUACAUCACCAUCAUUUAUUCGAAAACUUGUACCAAGUAAAAUUCGUCUUCUUAUUGAUCAAUAUGCAACUGAACCAAAUCUUGCAAAAUAUCGUCAAUUAUUAGAAUCAGAUUAUGCAAAAAAAUUUAUUAAAUCAGAAACUUUAAUGCAUCUUCUUCAAUUAGGACCAGAUGUUCUUCGUUUAAUUCGUUUUACACCAGCUCAAGCUUCAUCUGCUAUAACAAAUCGUUUAGGUUUGGAUAAAAAAUUUGAUGGUAGUCUUGGUGAUUUAGGCAUGAUAAGUAAUUUUAUAAAUGGUUUAACAAAAAAUGAUGUUGAAAAAAUCAAACCUGAAGAAUCACUUCAAGCUGUACAACAAGUAUUUGGCAGUUCAAAAAAUAGAAAUAUUGAUAAUCAAAUGCAAUCAAAUACACGUUAUGCAUUUGGUAAUUUAUUACGUCGUGGUCUUCAAACAAGUGAAGCAACACAAAAAGUUGAUGGUUAUAUAAAAGGUCUUUUUCGUGAAGAUAAUCUUGUUGAUGAUCUUAAUCCACAAUUAUUUUCAACAAUGACAAAUGCUGAACUUGAUGCUAUUAAUCGUUUAAAUCAUGAUGAAGCUGAUCGAUUUUGGAAUGGAAUUGGUUCAAUUCGUGAACCAACUUGUUGUUCAUUUGUUGAUGAAAAUCGAUUUCGUUUAGCUGAUUAUGCUUUAAAAUAUUAUGGUUCAGCAACAGGUGAUAUCGAUAAUUUUAAAUUAUCUCAAUUAGGACCAUUUUUAGCGACGAGUUUACGUGCAAGUGAUAUUCGUCGUAUAACAACAGAUGCAUUAAUAAAUAAAAUUAAUUUUUUUAAAUCAGCUUGUUUUCAACCAUCGAAAGCUGAAGCACAAGCACUUGGUGCUAGACUUAAUGAUGCACUUGGAGAAGUUGAUGAUAAUCUUAAAGCUUUAUAUCUUGAUCUUAUUGGAGAAUUAGCUGUUUAUCUACCAAUGAAUAUAGCUGCUCCUAAAUUUGUAUUAUCUCAACGAGCAAAUUAUCUUUCAAAAUCAAUUGAUAAAAUUCAAAGUCGUGAUGAAAAAUGUACAAUAUCAGAUCAAGAUGAAUUUUUAAGUAAAUCACAACAAGGUAUAAAACGGACAUUAGCCAAUGCACUUCUUGAUCAAUAUUCAUCAUAUAAUAAUCGUCGUGAACGUCGUCAAACACAAAGACAUAAUAAUCUAACUUGUCGACAAUUGCGACAAAUGGGCUCAACUAUUUCUGCUCUUUCAACUAAUGAAAUAUCAUCGAUUGCUGAUAAUACUCUAUAUGAAUGUGUUGAUACAUUUGGUUCAGUCAAUGAUUAUGAAUCAGAUAAACGUCAACAAAUUGCUCAAAAAUAUCUUCAAGCAUUACAAAAUCAAGGCCGACAUAUUCAAUCAUUAAGUCAACCAGAAUUAUAUAAAUUAAAUUCAAUUUUACCUGGUUUUACUCCAAGUGAAUUAUUACAAAUACGAAAUGAACAUUUUCGUGAUGGAAAUUUUCUUUCGACUAUUGGUAAUCUUGAUGGUUGGACAGGAGAUCAAUUGAAAUCUUUAUCACAACUUGCAUUUGGUAAAGAACAACAUUUAACACCAUUAAUUAUUGAAAAUGCUGGAAAAAUUUUAUGUACUGUUGAUGAAAAAAUUCUUCGUCUUAUACCAUCUGAACAAAUCAAAUCUUAUCUUACUAUUUUGGCAUAUAUUAAAUGUCCAAAGGAAGAAAAUGUUAAUUAUGCAUCAACAAUGUUUGAUGUUGUUAAAAAUGCAUAUCAAGGUGAUGUAUUUCGACCAGAUAUUUUCGGUUCAUUGGGUACAAUUGCUGCUGGCUUAAAAUCAACUGAUCUUGUUUCAUUAACACCAGAGUUAUUGAAUUUUUUUCCAAAACAAGCAUUAUCAAGUUUACCAAAAGAAAUCUUUAAAUCAUUUACUAAUGAUCAAUUACAAAAUUUAAAUAUUGAACAAAUUAAAAGUAUACCAACUGGUUUACUUAGUGCAUUAAGUGGAAAGCAAAUGUCAAUACUUAAUCAAAUACUUUAUCCAUUUAAAACAUCAGGUGACUUUUAG